AUGGUUGAAAUAUUCUUAUUAAAAUCCAUAAAAGAACGCAAAGAUUCAUUUCUAGGCUUUAAGAACAAACCUUUAAAAAGAAUAUUAAAAGAAAGAUCAAAAAUCUUUCAAAGAAUAUUUAGUCGGUCGAAAGUACAAAUAUCAUUGAAAAUCCAAAAACUCGGAUUUAAUAGAAAUCAUGAUAUUUUCUCUAAUGAAGAUAAGGAAUUUAUUUCUGAAUGGGUUGUUGAGCAACUAAGCAAAAAACCUCCAAUUGAAUGGAUUCGUUGUGUAUAUUGUUCGCAAAAUGAUCUGAAAAACUUUUGGUAUUCAACGCAAAGACAAUUAACACGGGAAUCUAGAGCUGAAUCGCAAGAUGAUUUGAUAAUCGAAUAUUUAGUGCAAAAAGAUGAAGUGCAAAACGUUGAAGUGCAAAAAGAUGAAGUGCAAAACGUUCUAGUGCAAGAUAUAAAAGUGCAAAAAGAAGUACAAAAAGUUGUAGUGCAAAAAGAUGAGGUACAAAAAGUUGAAGUGCAAAACGUUGAAGUGCAAAACGUUGAAGUGCAAAACGUUGAAGUGCAAAAAGAUGAAGUGCAAAAAGUUGAAGUGCAAAACGUUGAAGUGCAAAAAGAUGAAUUGCAAAAAGUUGAAGUGCAAAAAGAUGAAGGGCAAAAGGAUGAAGUGCAAAAAGUUGAAUUGCAAAAAGAUGAAGUGCAAAACGUUAAAGUUGAAGUGCAAAAAGAUAAAGUGCAAAAGGUUGAAGUACAAAAAGUUGAAGUGCAAAACGUUGAAGUGCAAAAAGAUGAAGUGCAAAAAGUUGAAGUGCAAAAAGAAGUUGAAGUGCAAAACGAUAAAGUGCAAAAGGAUGAAGUACAAAAAGUUGAAGUGCAAAAAGGUAAAGUGCAAAAAGUUGAAUCGCAAAAAGUUGAAGUGCAAAAAGAAGUUGAAGUGCAAAAAGAUGAAAAUAAAAAUAAAAUAGAUAAUUUCUUUAAUAAAGAUAAAUACAAUCCUGCCAAAAUUAUCAUAAAUCAAAUAGCGAAAAUUUAUAUCAAUGAACUUUUCACUAAAGAAGAUAAGGACAUCAUUUAUAAAGCGGCUAAAGACUAUCUGGAUGCAAACAGGGACAUUCAAUGGAAAUCUAUCAAAACUAAAAUUCAAAAGGAUCCUCGUAAAUAUUCGCUAAAUGACUUGAAAAGUGUUUGGAAUUCCAAACAAAGACAACUUGAACGAGAGGCUAGACAACAAGCACGAGAAGCUAGGGCCGAGGUGCAAGAUGAUGUUUAUCUUUAUGAUCCAUCCACUAAAGAUGAUAACUAUAAUUAUACCACACCCUUGACCAAUUUGAUACAAAAAUUUAAAAAUUGA